AUGGAUCAUGCUGAAGAAAAUGAAAUCCUUGCAGCAACCCAGAGGUACUAUGUGGAAAGGCCUAUCUUUAGUCAUCCGGUCCUCCAGGAAAGACUACACAAAAAGGACAAGGUUUCGGAUUCCAUUGGGGAUAAGCUGAAACAGGCAUUCACAUGUACUCCUAAAAAAAUAAGAAAUAUCAUUUAUAUGUUCCUACCCAUAACGAAAUGGUUACCAGCAUACAAAUUCAAGGAGUAUGUGUUGGGUGACUUGGUCUCAGGCAUAAGUACAGGAGUGCUUCAGCUUCCUCAAGUAUUUUUGUUUGAGGACCUGCCAGAAGAUUUUGUCCUUUUAGGCUAUCUUAGAAAUGACUUUUCUCAUUUUUGCCUAGGUGUCUGUAGGUUCGGAUUUGUGGCCAUAUAUCUCACAGAGCCUCUGGUCCGUGGGUUCACCACUGCAGCAGCUGUGCAUGUCUUCACCUCCAUGUUAAAAUACCUGUUCGGAGUUAAAACAAAGCGGUACAGUGGGAUCUUUUCAGUGGUGUAUAGUACAGUUGCUGUGUUGCAGAAUGUUAAAAACCUCAACGUGUGUUCUCUAGGCGUCGGUCUGAUGGUUUUUGGUUUGCUGUUGGGUGGCAAGGAGUUUAAUGAAAGAUUUAAAGAGAAAUUGCCAGCACCCAUUCCUUUAGAGUUCUUUGCGGUGGUCAUGGGAACUGGCAUUUCAGCUGGGUUCAACUUGAAAGAAUCUUACAAUGUGGAUGUCGUUGGAACACUUCCUCUGGGGCUACUACCUCCGGCCAAUCCGGACACCAGCCUCUUCCACCUCGUAUACGUGGAUGCCAUUGCCAUAGCCAUCGUUGGAUUUUCAGUGACCAUCUCAAUGGCCAAGACCUUGGCAAAUAAACAUGGCUAUCAGGUUGACGGCAAUCAGGAGCUCAUUGCCCUGGGACUGUGCAAUUCCAUUGGCUCGCUCUUCCAGACCUUUUCAAUCUCAUGCUCCUUGUCUCGAAGCCUUGUUCAGGAGGGAACAGGAGGGAAGACACAGCUUGCAGGUUGUUUGGCCUCGUUAAUGAUUCUGCUGGUCAUAUUAGCCACUGGAUUCCUCUUUGAAUCAUUACCCCAGGCUGUGCUGUCGGCCAUUGUGAUCGUCAACCUGAAGGGAAUGUUUAUGCAGUUCUCAGAUCUCCCCUUUUUCUGGAGAACCAGCAAAAUAGAGCUGACCAUCUGGCUUACCACUUUUGUGUCCUCCUUGUUCCUGGGAUUGGACUACGGUUUGAUUACUGCUGUGAUCAUUGCUCUGUUGACGGUGAUUUACAGAACACAGAGUCCGAGCUACAAAGUCCUUGGACAGCUUCCCGACACUGAUGUAUACAUUGAUAUAGACGCAUAUGAGGAGGUGAAAGAAAUUCCUGGAAUAAAAAUAUUCCAAAUAAAUGCCCCAAUUUACUAUGCAAAUAGCGACUUGUAUAGCAAUGCAUUAAAAAGAAAGGCAGUGGUUUUUGAAUACUUGGCCUGCUCCCAAGUUGUGAAUGACCUCACUCGGAAUAGAUUCUUUGAAAAUCCUGCCUUAUGGGAGCUGCUGUUCCACAGCAUUCAUGAUGCAGUUCUAGGCAGCCAAGCUCGAGAGGCACUCGCUGAACAAGAAGCCUCAGCGCUCCCUCCCCAGGAUGACUUGGAGCCGAAUGCCACUCCUGCCACUCCAGAGGCGUAGAUGAGGACCUCAGCCUGGGGUUAUGAGCUUCUCAUGAAAUUUCUAAUU